UUUUUUGUUGGUUCGGGGUCCGGGCGAGUUUUCCAUAAUACCGUUGCUUGGCGCAAAACCGUAGUGCAUUUAAAUUUUACGCAAGACAUCAUGAGUUCAAGAAAGGCGAAAGAUGAUGUGUUUUGCCACUGCCGGGGACCAGAAGACGGUUUCAUGAUUGAGUGUGAAUCGUGUAAAGAAUGGUUCCAUGGAACAUGUGUAGGAGUUGAGAACCAAACCGAAGCAAAUAAUUUCAUACAUUGGUCAUGUUUUGUUUGCGUGAGGGUAAACAAUGCAGUCACCCAAACUAAUGGUACUAAUGAUUCCGUUCCGUUCCGGCUGCGGUCGGGUGCGGAGCAGCGUGACAGGCCGGGUGCGGCCUUGGCCAACAUCCCCCGCCUGACGCAGUGA